AUAAAGAUUCCAUCAAAUAUCCUUAUGAGAGUCCUAUUACCUCUGCAAGAUUUUUAACGUGUGUCAAUUCCUGAAGAAAUUUGCUUGGUUUGGUCUUAAAAGUGUUUUAAAUUAGUAAAAUUUCGUGAAGAAUGAGUCAUAUUAAAAUUCGGCAUGUUUUUCUUAGUGACAUAACAAAAUCGUGAUUGGAUAAAAUUUUCAACGUGACAUUUCCUAAAUAUGUUCAAAUAAAUCUAAGCCCAGAAUCAAGUAGGAUAACAAUCAAUUAAUAUAAUCUCAUCAUAUUUAAUGUCCGUUUAUUUUACCUUUUUCUACAAUUACACAAUUUUCUGGAACUACAAAGUUGUUCCUGAUUCUCGACUAAGGAACAUUAAAGUAUCAUCUUUUUGUUCCCUCUCUCAUAUUGCAGCAUAUUUAGCACUACUGACAUUUGAAAUUAAAUACGUAUUUGGGCCCUGUUUGUGUAUAUAUUUUUCUCAGAAUAUGGAUAAAGUCGAGCCUUAUGAUUGCUGGGAGGGCGUCGUGAAUGGAUGUCUAGAUGACAAAGAUUUGGACAAUAUACUAAGUAUAUUGGAUUUUCCUGUCGAGGGUUUUGAAGGAGAUGAUGGGUUUACUGGGGAAUGGGUUUUACCGCCUGUGCCAACUGCCGACAGCGAUGCAACUCCCGAGCCACCACAUCAGUUGUCCUACCAACUAAAAAACACAACCUCUCGUCCCCUUACAAACCAAUUCACGGAUGCCCAAACGAUUUUCCACACACAAAGCCCUGUUUCUGUUCUCGAAGGCAACAGUGGGCCUUCAUCCGUCAUAAAAUCCUGCACCAGCAAGCGAGCUCGAUCCAAACGGGCCCGCCCUUCAGGCCCAAGCCCUUGGCUCUCCCUCUCCCCUCCAUUUUCUGCAGCAAGAAAGCCCGGUAAAGCCAGGGGUAGGAGAAAGAAAUCAUCUGCUGUCGAGGGAGACCACAUAGAGCCUGAGCCACCACAAAAUGGGGUUAAAAAAUGCAUGCAUUGUGAAGUUACGAAAACGCCCCAGUGGAGGGAGGGCCCGGCGGGCCCAAAGACACUCUGUAAUGCUUGUGGGGUUCGGUAUCGUUCGGGCCGACUGUUUCCGGAGUAUCGGCCAGCUGCUAGCCCGACAUUUGUGCCGUCCGUGCACUCGAAUUCUCACAGGAAAGUGAUUGAGAUGAGGAAUAGAGCCAUAUGGCAGCCGGUGGGUGAAAAUUUGCCAAUGUCGCCUGAGAUGGAGUUUGUGCCGAUGAGUAGCUAUUUGUUCGAUUGCUUGAGCUAAAGAAAGAAGAGAUGGGUUUGUUUUAGUUAGGGUGUCAGUUUAGUGUUUUUUUUUCCUGGUUCUUUGAUUAAAUGUAGUGUCUUGUACAAAAAAUUAGAUUGAGUUAAGAGUUCAGGUUGAUUGUUAGAAGUUGGCCAGAUUAGUGUCAGGAGAGGGCUGGUUGUUUAGGUGACUGUAUUUAAUGAUGUUUUAAUUUACUUGUGGUUGUCUUCCCUUUUUCAUUCCAUUUCUUAACUGUAACAUCAACAAUUGCCCACACUAGGAUCCAUGGCUUUUGAAAAAUCCACAAGUUGCAGGUUUUUAACAACCAC